GUUCGGUUUAGAUGGGACUUAUAGAGACUUUUUUAAGUCCUUAAACUAAUAAGUCCCUGGAAACAAACACCCUCUUAGUCCUGUCUCUCAUUCACGUUUUGUUAGUGUUUGCCUUACCUUUCAAAACCAGAUUAAUCUUUGUGCCCUUAACACAGAGUUAGAUAAACCAGCUGCUCAGGUCAGGUGGCUUCACGCGUGAUAGUUCAGGCUUGUGGGCGGGGGUCUGUGUAAUCCCGUUCACUUACAUCUGUUCUGUUUCUCGUCAGAUAUGAUUUUCGAUCCGUCAUCGCCCGAAAAGAAGAUUAUUGAUUGUUCAACUUCAACCACGCUGUUAUGCGAGACGCCCUCUGGCUUCGCAAUUGUCUCUUGUGAUGAGCUCGACCCCAAAAUUCCAGUGGAGGACAUCUGGGCAUACCCACCACAGAAUGUCAGGCUGGUGAGCUUCAAAAAGUUUGAAGAGAAGUCUAGCGCCAUUGACCUUGCUAAGGAAAUUAUUUAUAACGAACUGUCUGAGAUGCUCACCGAGUUUUGUGGCCCUGAGCAGAAACUACUUGUUGGACGUGCUGAAUAUAAAAGAAUAAUUGAAAGGAAGCUGGGAAUAACCCGUCAGUAUGAUAAUAUUGUGGAGGAGGUGAUUUGGGUUCUAGAGAAUAUCAUGCAUACUUUAUUGCCUGAGGAAACAUCAGAGCCGAAGGAGUACCGCCGCUUCAAUGGCAAAGGAUUAAUCCUUUUCUUACGUCAAUAUGGCUUUCUUGUCAAAAACGACUGGGUUACUGAAAGCAUUGUUGAGACGGCUCGUCGCUUGUAUCAUUUUGAGUUAGAUGAACGUCAGUACUUGGAUUCAUUGUGCAGUAAAAUACAGAAAUCGGUUGACCUAUCGUCUCUCACCAAGGAUUGGAGUUCACUCAAAUUUGCAACAGCUCUGAAGUUUCUUGUUUACCCUAGACAAUCGUAUGAAGUUUGGAAACCUAGUAAGAUUUUGUCAGCUUCUGAGUUUGUGAGCAUAAAGUCCAUGAGACAACAAUACAGAGAAACGAUUAUGUCCGAGAUCAAUGUCUUGUCAGUCUACAAAGAUGUUAGUGCUCUCUACUAUGAAAAAAGGCUUGAGAUUCUGGCGGAUAUAAACCUCUUGCUGCCGUUGAGGCCAAAGGUGAUCAAAUUAUGGAAUUCUCGUUUUUUGAGAAAACUCGGUUCGACUGAUUCGCCUGCUGGCUCCAAAGUUGGAAAAGAAGCUAUUAUUGGUGUUGAUACUGAUGCAAAGCAAACGAGUGCAGCAGAAAACAUUGGUGAAACUGAGAAAAAGAAUGGCACUGAAGAAUCUGGUGCAAAGGCAGUGAAAGCAGCGGAAAACUUGGAAAAUUUUGAGCCGCCUCAGACUGCUGAUGCUAGCAACGAAAUGACUGCACGGCCUACUCGAGAAACUAGUGGAGAUGGGAUGAAGGCUGUAGACAUUGCGGGUGAAAGCAGGCAGAACGGACAGGUAUUUCCCCUUGGAGGCCACAAGAGCAAAGAACUGGAUUUCCCUGAGACGGAACCAGAUGUUACCUGUGAUGAGCAGGCUGGAGAUACUGAUGCGAAGCAAACGAGUGCAGCACAAAUCAUGGGCGUGAGACUGAGAAAAAGAAUGGCAUUGAAGAAUCUGAUGCAAAGGCAGUGAGAGCAGCGGAAAGCUUGGCCGAUGUGAUGCAGCCUCAGACUGAUGGCGCUAACCUGCACAUGACCGCACCGCAGGACCCAAAUGAGAUCCAAGCCGUGCGGACUGAAGAAAGUGCAGGUGUGGAAGUAACUGGAAUAUUUAACAAAAAACUACCAUAAUUCAUGGAACCGUGCCUACAAACUACCACUUUACGAUUUUGUCCCAAAAACUACCACUUUCUCGCUAAUCUGUGACUAAAACUAGCAUGUCUGAAAAGAGCCCGAUUGCCUCUUUUAAACACGUUUCUGACUGGUUGGGCCCACACGUAAGCGUUGAGGUGGCACAUUAGCAUGUUUGAUGGCAGCCGAGGAGCUCGCGGUCGCCGGCGAAGGGCGUGGGGCGGGCGGCUCCAGCGGCGACCCGCGGCGGCUCUGGCGGCUGCAACAACGACCCGCGGCGACUCCAGCGCCGACCCACGGCGAGCGGCUCCAGCAGCGACCCGCGGCUAUCACGGCGAGCGACUCCAGCGGUGAAGGGCGGCGGCGGCAGGUGCGAGGAGCCCGGGCGGCCGGAGGCGGGGGCGC